GAAAAUAAGGGUGGGAGGCGUUAUUGGGCAGAAGCUUAAACCCCAGUCACAUACAUGGAGAUCGUUGAAUAUUGUUGCAACGUAGAGACCUGAUCGGUAGUGUCGGCUGCUACUCCCGAAAGUAUUGCAGAGUCUACCGUCGCCUGCUAAUGGUCUUCAGCGCCGCUGCGAUGAACCCGUUGCAAAUUGUCUGAAUUUUACAAAGUAUUAUUGCCAGUUGAGUACGAAAUUGAGGAACGCGAGGGAUUCACAGUGAAUGGUCAACGAUCUCAAAAUUUCAAUUUUCAUUCUCACGUGUAAACUUCGUCACUCAAAGUUAUGAGUGCCACAAAACUAAGUGGCGUCGAGGUGGUCCCCGACGCGAGAAAUGAUGCUGAAUUUGUAGGGAAAGACGUAAGUUUUGGACAUCUUCUGCUCCGUUUUUUCGGUAUCUACUGGAGAUCAUGGAUUGUAAUAUUAUGGCCAAUAAUUUUGUGUCCAAUACUUAUAUAUGAUGAAUCAACGACGUAUAGAUGCUUGUAUGUUGUUGCAAUCAUGGCGUUGUACUGGGUAACCGAAGCUUUGCCUCUGCCAAUAACUUCCUUCAUACCCAUUGUGCUUUUCCCGUUGCUGGGAAUUUUGAGCACAAGCGACACAACCACAUGUUAUCUCAAUGAUACAACGAUGAUGUUCAUAGCAAGUAUCGCUAUAGCUAUUGCAAUCGAACAUUCCGGUCUUCACUUACGAGUCGCAUUCACUAUUAUUCGGAUUGUCGGUUGUAGCCAUAGAAGAUUAACUCUUGGUCUUUUCCUGGUCACUAUGUUUAUUUCGAUGUGGAUCACAAAUACUGCAACUACGGCCAUGAUGGUUCCAAUUGUUGAAACUGUACUCGUGGAAUUAGAAUCUCAAGGUUUGGGGAAAAUGUUUAUUGAAGACGAAGAUGAUACGGAAAGCAGUGAAGACAGUGAACCCACCAAAAGACCAACCAAUGUUACGAUGGCUUACUAUUUGAUCGCGGCUUAUGGAUCUAGCAUCGGUGGUAUCGGUACUAUAGUGGCCACUGGUAGCAAUUUAACGCUCAAAGGAAUUUACGAGACCCGUUUUCCAGACAGUCCAGGUCUGAAUUUUUCUGAUUGGAUAUGUUAUGCGGUCCCGCCUAUGCUUGUUUCCGGAUUAUUAGUCUGGUUGUGGCUGCAAGUUAUGUACAUGGGAAUGUUUAGACCAAACAGCAAAGACGCGCAGGCAAUAAAUAUUGGUUCAGAGGGUGAAAAAAUUGCGACAAGAAUUAUCGAACAAAAAUACAGAGACCUAGGGCCGAUCACGUGGCAUGAAUUAUCUGUUGGUGUUCUAUUUGUUUUCGUAAUUCUCUUGUGGUUCUUCAGGAAUCCCGGAUUUGUUACAGGGUGGCCCGAUUAUAUCACGGAGACGUCUGUUAAAGACUCUACUGCAGCAAUGUUCGUCAUAAUCAUCAUGUUUUUACUACCAUCGAAAUUGGAAUUUCUGAAUGCAUUCAGUAAGGAUCCAAGCAAACAUCCGACAAAGUCAAGUCCAGGUUUAAUAACUUGGAAAUUAAUUCAAACAAAAAUGCAUUGGGGUUUGCUGUUCGUUCUUGGCGGUGGUUUCGCAAUAUCCCAGGGAAGUACCUCCUCGGGACUUUCGGAUUUGCUAGGAAACGCAUUAUCUGGUCUGCAGUCUUUACCCCCAAUGGCUACUUUAUUUGUGAUUUGUCUCAUGAUUGAGAUGAUUACAGAAUUGACCGCCAACGUUGCUGUUGCGAACAUUGUGUUACCUGUAGUUGCCGAAUUGUGUGUAGCGAUCAAGUUACAUCCGUUAUAUCUGAUGCUACCAGCUGCCUUUUGUUGCUCGUUUUCGUUCCACUUGCCAGUUGGAACACCACCAAAUGCUAUUGUAAGUGCUGCUGGGCAUAUAAAAACCAAAGAUUUUAUAGUAGCUGGUAUUGGACCAACUCUAAUUACACUGGUUGUGAUAACUGUCUCAUUUCCUACCUGGGGGAAUGUAAUUUUCGGCGUCAGCGAAUUCCCAUCUUGGGCAGAAUCGUAACUGCCGUCGAGAAUGAACGAAGUGAACAAUACUUUUUUAAAUGCAGAAAAGCUUGAGAAGACUCAAAAGUAUUGUGAGUAUUCAAGUUUUCUGACAAGGGUUAAUACCCGAUUAUUCUGUCCUACACACUUAGUAAACCAAGUUGGAAUAUUUUGCAUUGCGAUUUCAUAAAAAUUUUGUAUUAGCAAGGUGUACGGCUCAGAGAUUUAGUUGGAUAGUCACGUAAUUUGUUUACCUUCUUUAUAUAUCCAAAUCGGAAUUUUGAAACACCUCGUAAGUAAAACCAUAGCUCCAAUUUUAAUAUCUAGUAUCCAACUACAGUAACGAAUGACACAUAUAAUUCCGGUAGUAAGAAGGUUCGCAGUGCAUGUUUACAAUAGAUUAUUUUUAUUUUACUCUAUGAAGCGUCGAACCCCAUGAUAAUACGGUAUACAAUACCUGAUUGGACAAUAAUUUGUCCUGACAGGUCUCUGGAUUAGAUUUGAAAUACAUCUGUUCCAAAAGGGAGCAGUAAGUUGGAACAUCAAAGCACCCAAAAAGCUUAAAGCAAACAUAGAAUUUACUGUUGCGAAAGUUUUUUUGGUAGACGCAAUGUACCUAAUUAGCAAUAAGAAUUUCUAUACUUCCAAAUAAGACAUACUACCGGGUUGAAAAACAUGUAGCGUUUAUCACCUUUUAUACGUAUUAAACUCUGGAUUAG